UAUUAAGAAAAUUAUUAAGUACUUAGGCCAUCAAGCCUCCUAUUCUUUCCAAACUGGAACUGAAACUGAUAUUCUAAGGAUAAACAUAUUUAUUAUUUUGAUUUUAUUUCAUAUAAAAAAUAGAAAAAAUAAAAAUAAUACUAACUUAAUCAUAGUAAUAAUCUUUGUGUUUAUUACUUGAAAAUACAUAUGCAUAUUAUAUAAUAAAUUGAUUAUGGGAUGAAAUUUGAUCUCGCGUUAUUUGAAUGCCUGCUGAUACAUUGAGAGAUUGGCUAACAUGAAUACAGAAUAAACCGAAAUGAAAUAUCAAAAAUUCCCUACUUUAUUCGCCGAAUAUGAAUCACUAAUCUGCAAAUCUUAAAAAUACCAUUGCAUCAGUGCAUGUAUGGUUGUAAAGAAUAUGAAAAUGUAUAUAAAAUGUAGAGUGUGCCUAUGUAUCGGUCUAUUUUUCUGUACAUAUAUUGUGAAUAAUAUAGUGAGUAGUGAAUUUAUGGAGAUCCAUAAUUUACCAAAGUUUAUCAUGGAACCAAUGGAUAGAAUUUAUUAUUCAUCUAAUCAUCCAUCACAAUUUAUUACUAAAUUACAAUUAUAUGCAUUAAUUACACCGAAAAAUGCUACAAUACAACUUGGUGCUGUACAUAAAGAUAAACCAAAUAUGAUUAUAUAUUUACCGACAGUUAUAGAAUAUUCAACGGAAUCAUAUUCAAUGACAUUUGCUCAAACUCAUGCUAAAAUUCAAUCUAUUUCAUUCAAUGAUCAUUUAGAUCAUUUAAAUGAUCUCAUUUCAUAUAUAAAUAAUUUUGAUAAUAGUAAUAGUAAUAGUAAUGGCAAUAAUAAUAAUAAUAUUAAUAUUAAUAUUAAAGAAAAUAUCAAUCUUUGGUCAAUUACUGUAUAUAAUUUUUUACCAGAUAUGAAAUUAUUAGUCUUAGCAACUACAAAUUAUGGUACAAUGACUAGUCAUUUAAUUGAUUUGAAAACAAGUGUUCUUCCAGCUUUCCCACCUCAUUCAGAUAAAUAUUUAUCACUCCUUAUUGGAAAUACAGCAAUUGUUAUUUGUCAUUUACCACCGUCACAACCAUCAUUACCUACAGUACAUUUUUAUCAUAACAAUAUAAGAUUAGAUUUAACACAAACUGACAGAUAUCGUUUAAUUUAUAUUGGUGGUGAUGAUUCUGGUUUACCAUGGGAAGUACAUUCACAGAAACCUCAUUUUAGACAAGAACAUUUAAAGAAAUACAAACCGAGUGCUGUUAUCUUGCUCAUUCAUUCACUUCAACUUUCUGACACUGGACAAUAUUAUUGUUCAGUAAGCUUAUUCGACAAAACAAUUUCAUCAAAUCAAAGAACUCAUCUGGUUGUGACAAAACCAAAUGAAAAAAUUUGGACCCAUUUAAAAUUUUCAUCAGAUGAUCCUGAUUUAUCUUAUUUAUAUAAUACAAAUAAUGAAAUCAAUUCAAAUACUUUAACUAUUCAUAAUGAUAAUAAUAAUAAUCCAUUGAAUACAAUUAAAGAAAUCAACAUUAAUGAAAAUACAAAUUUAACAUUAUUUUGUAUAUUUGAAAGUGCCCCAGUUGUUUCAACACGUUGGUAUUAUGAUGGAUUUAUGGAAAAUAUUGAAAUUAAUCAAAAAUUUGGUGUAUUAAUCAUUAAAUACGCUAGACUGGAAAAUCAAGGUAUUUACACUUGUUCAGUGGAUAAUUCUCAUUCGAAGCUUAUUGGAAAAUCUUUUCGUAUUAUAGUAAAAAGAUCACCGAUAACCACCAGUUCAUUAAAUCCAAAAGUGAUUAUUACUGAAAGUGGAAAACAAGUUACUUUAAAUUGUAAUAAUAAUAAUAAUACAUUACAAAACAAUAAUGUAAUGAAUAAGCAUAAAAUACCAUUUCCAAUGUUACCAACACUUGAUGAAUGGAAUAAAUGGGAUUUUAAUAAACGUGUUAAUAAUUCAAACGAUCAUAUGGAAAAACGAUAUAACAACAAGAAAUUCAACUAUUCACCAUAUAUUAAUCAAUGGAUUCAUAAUGGUCAAUUUAUUACAAUGAAUGAGAAUAAAAAUAAUAAUUAUCAUUUUGAAGAUGGAUUAUUGAAAAUAUUAAAGAUUGCAAAAUCAGAUACUGGUAUCUAUCAGUAUAUGAAAAGUACUCAGUAUACCAAUAGUAUUGAUGCUAAUUCUAAUGAAAAUGAAUAUGAUAGAGAAUCCGUCAACUGUAAAUUCUAUAUUCAACUAAACGAUGAAAAGUUUGUUCAUAACGAAACUGAUGAACAAAUCCAAACAAUUUAUGAGCAUACCGCUGAAGGUUUAACUGGUCAUUUGAAUUGUAAUCUAUCAUCAUUACUUUUAAUUGAAAGUUCUCAAAAUAUUAAUCAAUUAAAUAAUCAAUAUCAAUGGUCAAUUUUAUGGUAUCGUAGUGUCACAUCAAAUGAACCACUUAAUAUUGAAUCAGUUAAUAAAGCAUCUGGUGGAAUUAAAUAUAUUAUUAGUAAUGUGAAUGAAUAUACACAAAUACUUAGUAUUGUUAAUCCUAGAAAAAUUUCUGAUGAUGGUCAAUAUAUUUGUAGAGUUUACAAUACAACAACAGGAAAACUUUUAGGUGAACAACGAUUUCAACUAAUAAUUGAAUCAAAUAAUGAUGAAGAUACACAUAAAAAUCUUAUGAAACAUGAAUCAUUUAUGGCUAAAUCAUUAUCAUCUAUUCCAUCAGAAAUUCAUAGUAAAUAUGAAUUACCUAUUAAAAGAAAUGAAAAUGAAUUAGUUUUAAAACAAACUAUUCAUUAUAAUGAAAAACCACAAAUCAAAGUAUCACGACCGAUUGUGAAACGAUUGGCAAAUUUUACAAUGGCUAUACACAUAAAAUGGACAGUUUAUAAUAGUCCAAUUAAAGAAUUACAUUAUCAAUUAGGUGUAAAACAUUUAGGAAAUAUUCAACAAACUAAAUCUAUAAUGACAUAUUCAAAUGAGUACCUAAAUUUAAAGAAUAAAUCAAAUGCAGAGGAAUUUUCAGUUCUACCAAAUAUUUAUAAUAAUUCAAGUAUUAUAUUUGAUUCACGUGAUCUUUUUCAACCACAAAACUCUUACAGCUUGCGUGUACUGGUUUUAGAACACCAACUAUGGAGCCCUUGGACAGAACCAGUGAAUUUUGAUAAUAUGCUUGAUACUAAUUUACAAAUUAUAUCAAUUGUAGCUAAUAAUAAUACAUGUCUCUAUAUUGAAUGGAUUUAUAUACAAUCAAGAAAUCAUUCAUAUACAUCCAUUGAUCUAACUAAUUAUAAAGAUAUAACAUUCAUUAUAAUCUAUCGUAAUUUAUCUGAGAAUCUAAAUGAACGGAAAUCUUUAUUAGAAUUAUGGACUAAAUUUAUAUUGAAUAAUGAUAAACAAUUUCCAAUGGAUUUAUCUAAAAUCAAUCAAUUAGAUGAUUUAUAUAUACGUCGAAUAAAUAGUGAUAGUUCAUUGAAAGGUUAUUUACUUGAUGGAUUACAAUCUAAUGUAACAUAUUCAGUAUCUGUUUAUAUUGAAGUAACAAAAAUUGAUCAUUAUCAACAUCAAAAAUACUUUACUCGUUUAAGUAAUGAAGCUGUUCAAAAAACUUUACCAAAUAUUACUUCAUCAUUGAAUAAUGAAAAUAAUUUUCUUGCAAAUAAUUCAACUAAUGAAAAUAUAAAUAAAAUGGCGGAUUCAUUUGCUCAAUCAACAUCAAAUAUAAAGUCUAAAAUGACAGGACAAAUUGGUAAUAAAAAUGAUUUAACUGGUAAAUUAACUAAAAGUUAUCAACAUGACAGUUAUGUGUUAAUUGUAAUACUUGGUUCACUUGCUGGUGUAUUACUAAUUAUAUUCAUUGCACUGAUUACAUUUUGUAUAUGGUAUCGAUUACAUUUGAAAUCUCGAUAUCCUAGAGGCUAUUUUGGUGGCCUAAGUGAUUCACAACUAACUGAAACUCCAAAGCAGAGAACAAUUACUGAAUGGGAAAACUUUCAAUCUCAACCAAUUUCAACAAGUGAUAAUCAUCAAACAUUUCCACGUACUGCAGGUAAUCUUCAUCUACAAUCUUUAGGUGAUCAACAGAAUUUGAUUACAGAUUUGAAUAAUUUUGCUACAUUACAACAUCCAACACAGUGGAUACAACAGUCUCAAGUACCAUGUGAAAGUAAUUGUAGGAAAUCUAUGGUUCUUGAUGAAACAUUGAAGACAUAUUGGCCAAUUAUAAAUUCUAAUGAAGCAAAAGUAGCAUUUAUGAAAAAUCAUAAUCAUGAAAACAUAAUACAUAGUUCUCCAUUACUACCCCUUUACAAAGAUUAUUUGCUGAAACAGACAAAGCAUCAAUCAAUUAAUGGUACCUUCUCAGAUGGUCAAGUAGGCAAUCAGAUUGGUAGUUUAGAUGGAAUAUUUCAAGAUAUCACUGUUGGAGAGCAGUUCAAUGGUGCAAAUAAACUUUCGAACAAGGAUAAUCAACUUACAAAUGACCAGGUAGCUACUAUUUAAUAAACUGUGUUUUUUUAAAGCCACAUCUUAUCUCAAAUGUCUUGACAUCGAGUAAAAACACGUUUUUAAUCAUUGUAAUAAUUCUUAUAGUCGAACGUUUGGACGACGACUUCCUAACUGCCACUUAGUAUUCCACUCUUGAAUUUCAUACAGGAAACAAAGGGUAGAAUGUAUUGCGGAUCUUUUGCACAGAAUAUGAGGGUCAUUAUACAAUUGAAUAUGGCUUGAGACUCACGAAACCUCUGGAAAACAUGAUAAAACUGGUAGGUAGUCUUCAUCUAUCUAUUCACAUAUUGAUUCGGAUUCAACUGUCAAUGAAUUAUCACAAUUUCACUUGGAUAGAUUCAACUCAACUUUAUCUCCUACAACACCAUCUGAUUAUUCAGGAAUUGGUAAAAAUAUUUUAAAUUCUUUACAAACUAACAACAACAACAAUAUAAAUAAUAGAAAAGAAAUUUCACGUGAUUCCUCACAGCUAACUAGUUUAUCAUAUGCUGCCAAUUCAAUCUAUCCAUUUCUCAUUAAACCAGAUGAUCUUGUCAGUUUACCUUUAAUAGGACAUCAAGGUAAGCAAUUAUAUGCAAUAACAUAUCAGUGAGACUAUAAUUUAUGGAUGACGUUUGAAUGACGUUAGAGUGACUUUGUGAGUGUCCACCUAAUAACUAAGACCAAAUCAGGGUUAUAAACCUGUAUUAGGAAUUAGAAUUAUGAUUUACAGUUGAUGGUUAAGGUUAGGAAUUAGAUUUAGGGCUUUCAUCACGAACUGAUAUCAACUAUAAUCCGAAAACUCCAUUAAACUAGAUAGAUGAGUGAAUUUCGUGCCAAAGUCCGAGACACAUUAUCUUUUACCUGAUUCGUUCGUCCAUCAAUUAUAGAAUAGCAAUGUAUAUAUCAUUAUGACUUGUUCUAUAUAUGUCGAUUAAUAGUUCAAUCAAUUUUUAAACUUCCUUUCAGUUGCUUUCAUUAUCGAUAAAGCAAUUCCUUAUCACGUUUUUUUCAAAAAAUACAUUUAGUUGCCUUAUAUCUGAUUCGAGUUAGUUCAUAUGUUGAUUGUCAUCGAAAUAUACAUCCUAGCUGUUUUCAUGUAUAAUCAUCGACUUAACUCGCAUUAGUGAAUAACAGGAUGAAGUAAGUCAAAUACAAGGAUGAAUUUUGUAUAUGUUUAUUUCAUACAAUCGUUGAUCCAGAGAGACGAUCACAGAAACGAAGAGAAGAGGAGAGAAAGAGGCGAAAUAAAAUGAUACACAGUAGGGAAGGUGAAUGAGACAACUCAAUCAAGUGUGACUCGAUAUUUAUAGUCAAACAAAAAUAGGUUACAGACACAUGAUGAACAGUGUGAAUAAAUAACACACAUACUAUCAUAUCAAUACAGUUAGACUUAAUAAGCGAAUAAGUGAUAAGGUCAAAAUGUGGCUUGAGAAGAAUGAAUAAACUGGUCUUUCCAGAAGCUGGAAUAACCUAUCUGGCCUUGAUAUAGGUACCAGCCACUACAAUAUUAAAUUGUUUUAGUUCCUCAAUGGUAAAUCAGUAAUUUAAAAAUUAUCAGUAUGGGUUUGUGGAGAUUAUCAAGCUCUUGAUUGAGAUGAUGAUGUUAGACCACCAUUGAAAACGUGGAAGCAUUGGAGGGACUUUUCGUUGGAUGACGGCUCAGUGGUCUAUAGGUCAAGCGUUUGCGCACGAGAACGAAAGUCCUGGGUUCGAAUCCCUUGAGCGGGAUCUUGGAUGCGCACGUCUGAGGAGUUGCACAGUAAGAUGAAACGGCCGUCCAGUGUUUUCAGGUUUUUAAUAGUGGUUCAACACCAAUCGGUUCAUGAUCUCAAUCAAAAAUUUGAAAAUUAACUGAUCAUAGUUUCACGCUGAAUAUCAAUGAAAUGAUAUCAAUGUGGUCUAUAGUUUUAUUCUAAAUUAUCAAAACAAUGAAAGGGUAGUCAUAAUGAUGAUGACAAUGAUAAAAUUAGUUAUUAGUAUUCUUAUUAUAUCCAUAGUUAGAUCACGAAUUAGUUUUCACUAAAAUACUACUGAAAAUCAGAAAGCAUUGGACAGUUGUUUCGUCAUAGUAUUUGACUAUUUAUCUGUGUCCAUUUACAACCUCAACUCCGAGAAUCGAAUAUGGGAUUUUCGUUGUUGCCUGCAAAUGCAUUACUUUUACACCACUGAUCCAUGAAAUGAACUAUGAAGAUUCUACUACCUCUACAAACUUUAUGACUUGGUGACAUAAGAGUUAAGCGUUCUCAGUGAGGAAAAGAUGCCUACUGAUUAAGAUGAAACUACUGUCCAGUGCUUCAUAGUUCUUCAGUAUUGGUCUCCUUAGGAUCAGUUCAUAAUUUAAUUAAAAUUUAACUUUAUUUUUGAAAAAACCCAACGUACUACUGAUAAUAAUUAUAACAAUUAUCAAAGAUUCUAAGAAAAAAUGCUAAUACUUGGAUAGCUAAACUGGCUAAGACUCAAAAGUCUUAUUGGGUAUUAUUAAUACAGUACAACUAGUUAUUCUAACUCUACAUUAAAAAUCGUUAGUGCGACUAAGCAAAAGAAAAGGGUAAAGAUGGUAGAUCACACAAACAAAACAGAUUCUUAAAUAUUUUGAAAAAGAUGAAAAAAUGGAGGAAAAAACAGGAGUGAUUCGAUCACAAUGAUAGUGUUAGCUGAAGUACACGAUCUUUUUGUUUGCAUAAUUGAGGUUCAGAUAUCAAGUACCAUUUGCUUAAGAGUAACUUAAAUGUUCACAAUUACUCUGCCUGGUUAUCAGUCAGAAGCUAGUCUUAAAAUUUACUGAAUGACUCCUGUGUGCGAUUCAUUUUUUUAUAUAGCACUUUGGGAUAAAUUGAAGCUAUUUAGUGUUCUGUAAAGGUUAUAUACAAACCUACAUUUAUGAAAUAAUAUAUUUAUAAAUUGUGUAUGAGGAAGAUUUAGGAAACAUGAAAUGAAAGUAAUUUACGUCAUCCCACAAUAUUACGAUGAAUAAGUUAUUCAAAUAGGAAAUUUCAUUUAAAAUUUAUUCAUUACAACAUACUACUCAAAAGUACUUUGAGUAGUUCAAGAUGGAACGGUUUUCAUAAAAAAGUCAUGUAAUUUAAUAUGAUUGGAAUCAUACUCACUGAUCAAUGGUUCAAUUUGAUUACUGAUUUUCAUUUUAUACAUAUUAACGUAUUCAAUUAAUCGGUAUUUGAAUUUGAUGUAUCUGAAACUAUAGUUUCGAUUUUUGAACUAAUGUAUACUCUCUAGAAAAAGUGUACAAAAAUCUCCAAUCAUCGAUAUUCAGAAAAGAUGAACAAGGUUCUGUGAAUUAGAUUAAUUAAGUCAACUCAUUUUGUUUCCUUGAUCAAAGAUUUUUUUGAACUCAAGAUAAGUAAUUUAUUAUUCAGUAACCUAUUCUUAUAAAAAUAUACAAAUAAUGGUUUUCCCUAGUUUUAUCGGUUAUUAAUAGUUUAAAUUGUGGUAGGUUCUAGCAAUAGUUGGACUAUUCUUCACUUUAGUUUUAAUCACAAACGUAUUACCAGGUGAAUUAGAAACUGUUACUAUCCCAGAGAAACUAAGGCUACAAUGAUGAAUCAUUGUUAAUUUUUGAAAAAUGACAAUAGUCCGUUGUUGUUGUUGACCUAGAAUAAAGUUUCUUUAUUUGAAAUAGGAAAGAAUGUAUUUGCUAAAUAUUUCAUGACCAAGUUGACACUAGGAAAAUUAUCCUUCUUUACCUUCCAUAAGUAUAACUCUCUCUCUCUCUCUCCCUAUAUAUGUAGAUAUAUAUAAUGUUCCAUUUAUGAUAUCAGUUCGAAAUAGACCACCAAGUAGAUAACACAAUUAUGCUUGAUAAGUAACAGAGUUUGCAACAACAACAACAACAACAACACGAAGUCAUACAAACAUUAGCCUUAUCAACAGUAUGAUAUUUAGUUCACCGUUAUUAUUCAUUUUCUUAUUAUAUACAAAUGACUAGUAUUCUAUUAAUUACAAAUUUGAUUAUGAAUAUUAUCUAAAAAUUAGACUACCUUUUAGUUUUGUUUACAAAAGAGGCUAUUUGCAAAGUCAUUGAUAAUUAAGCUUAUAAAUGAUAAGAAACAUAACUAAUAAUAAUAACAAUGUCAUUAUUAUUAUUAUUAUUCCUUGGGUUACCCCCAUUAAGUUUAGCUUAUCCAUCGUAUAGAAACAUUAGUAUAUAAGGGAUUCGCAAAAAAAUGUAUGAAACUUCAGCUAAGUUAGUUUUAUAUAUUCAACAUAUAUACAUAGAUGGUCAUAUGUACUGUAUGUCCUUACUUGUUUAAGUAAAUAAAACCCAAGUAUCAUGUAAAUAUACAUAUAUGAUAAUGACAAUGUUGUAACAGCUUUGUUGCCCCCUUGUAAAGCCUCUAAACAUUAAACUAUACUGAUUCGUUAAUUUAUAAUAAAAACUUACUUAACUCUAUUGACUUGAAAUGUAAUUAAUGUUAAUUAAAUUAAUAUUAAGAGAAUUAUUAUGCCAUACAGUCAUCAUAUUUAUUUUCGUUAAUUGAUUAAUUUCCAUCACAUCUUCAAAGCAUGGAUGAUUCAGCAGCCAUCUGCGUAAGUUAUCUCUAUAGAUUUCAACUGGCUGUUUUUAUUGUUACUGAAAUAGUAACUGAAAUUGAUCGGUAGGGAGAACCAUUUUCUGUUUCUGUCUGAAUCAGUACGGUAAUAU